AUGCCUUCUCACCUCAAUUCUAAGUUCCAGCCCAAGUCAUCUCGGGUAUCGUUCACCAACGCUCAGCGCCUCCGGAUUUGUGAGCACCAAGCUCGGAACCCUCACCUGUCGCAAAACCAACUUGAUGAUGCGCUUUCCCGAGCUGAUACCGCGCUAGCAAACUGGGUGUGUUGGCGUAAGAAUAGAAAUGUCACGGUUACGGGUGAUGCUAUCCGAGAGAAGGCCGCACGGUUCGCGCGGAUCCCGAAGCUGGAAAACCGACUCACGUGGUCCAACGGGUGGCUUCACCGGUUUAAUAUUCGCCACAGGUUUGGCAGUCGUCUCUUCGGCAAGGAAACCAAAACACGCAUGGCUAUCGCGUUGACAUGCAACGCGGACGGUACGGAGCGCCUCCCUCCGCUAUUCGUCGGGAAGUCGAAGAAGCCCCGAGGCUUUAAGAAGGACAUGGCAAUGUGGAUGUCGCGCGCAAUCUUCUCAAAGUGGCUCAAGGAUGUCGGCACCAAGUUCCGACUGCAGCAUCGGAAGGUUCUUACGAUCCUGGAUAACGCUACGGUGCACGGAAGCUACGACGCCGACUCCCUGACGAAUGUUGAGGUGGUUUCCUCCCACCCAACACGACCACUGCUUGACGCGGGGAUAAUUGCCGCGUUCAAGCGUCGGUACAGGCGCAGGCAAAUUCAACACGCCCUCGAUCUCCUUGAAGCCGAUCCAACGAUGGACAUAUCGAAGGCGGCCAAGUUGUACAAGGUGGACAUUUACCAGUGUUGGGGACACACCGUACUUUUGGACAACUACAUGUGCGAGUGUGACGAGCCUGAAAAGGACGACUCGAUCGCCGACGAGCUGAGCUCGAUGCUAUCGAGCUUACGAGCGUCAAACCCGAUGUCCGUGGAGGAGUUGCUUAACCCUAUUGUGGACAUUAUCGACAAACCCACAGAUGGAGAGUUUUGCGGUAUUGACGAAGACAAAAACCCACCUUUUGAAGACGAAAGUGGCGCAAUUGUGGUCGUUGAUGAUGAGCCUGAGACCACUAAAGAGGAGCUGGGCGUUGAAGCAUCUAAGGUGGAUCGCCAAAAUCCUCACUAG